AUGGCCACAGACGAAAGGGCCAAGCGGCUAUGGGCGCGCAGGGCAGGCAAGGCUGAGGGCGGUCGUGUAAGGAAACUGCCCGGCCUCUUUCAAGAGGGCUUCAUAGUAGGGGAUCUUGUCGAAGUUGAGGAUUGGAACGAGUAUGGCGAACUGAAGCAGCAUGUCAAAAUCUACUACGACGAGCAUACGAUACCCAACAUUCACAAUAAACAUCCUGCACCGAAGCUGAAACGUACCGUCAAGAAAACAACGGGCACAACAAAGGUCGCCACGGCCAUCUCUGGUGUCACUGCUGCCGGCGCGGCUGCUGCUGCGGCAUCUGCGAAACCAUCCGGCGAGAAGGCCGGCAGUUCUGGAGAGACAAAGGAGCUACCAGUCCGUUCACUCGCCAAUGAAGCGGCGGCCAAGGCCAAGGAACUCAAGUCUAAGAGCCUGAAGGAAAAGGCACUUGGCGCAGAAAAGCCGAAUGGGGUGGAUGAGAAAAAUACAAGUGCCGAUGCCAAGAUCAGCAGCAAGGGCGAGUCCGCAAAUGGGGCGAGCGAAAAUGAUACUAAGGAUACUAAGGAUACCACAGAUGUCAAGAAAGACAGCAAGAGCAUCGACCUAGACAAGGCUAUUGACGGAGUUGUAGAAGAGACCAAGGCAGACGGGUCUGCAAAGAAUGUUGUCGAUGAUAAAAAGAUUACCACGCCCAAGUCACCCGCGAAAGCGAAAGCCGACGACGACGACAGCGAUGAAGAAGAUGAUGCACAGAAAGAGCCCGAGCCUAAAUCCGGGUCAAAGGCUCCGGUGGCUGCUGCAGCUGCAGCCACCAUCGCUGCAGUAUCCUCUGCCGCCGCUGCGGCUGUCGCUGCCGUCACACCAUCAUCCAAGGCGGCCAAGGACGGCACGCGACCAAAGACGCCCCCCAAGACAACCAGCACCGGGUCGCGCGCUGCCCAAUCCAAGGUCGUGGGCGCCAGCCUGCAGUCUCCCACGAGCACGACAUGGAAGAGCGCCGGCCGCGAGUCCCUGGCCGCGUCGGUGCAGAGCCCCACUAGCGGCAAGUGGCGGCAGGUGGUUGCCGAAGAAGACGACGACUCAGAUGAGGAGGAGGAUAGCGAUGAGGAAGAGAGCGAUGAGGAAAAGCCUCAGGCUCCUAUUAAGAAGGUCGCGCCGCCGCCGGCUAAGGGUGGGGUGAACGUCAAGGAGGACGACAGCGACGACGACAGCGACGACGACGACGAAGAGGAAGAGGAAGAGGAAGUGAAGAAGCCAGCAGGGGCAAAGGUUGCACCCGCAAAACCUGCAGAGGUAACAAAGGCAAUAGCAGCCACCAAGCCAGCAGAUAAUGACGAAGACUCUGACGAGGAUGAAGAGGAGGACUCUGACGACGAGCAGGUGGUAAAGAAGUAG